AUGCUUCACUUCCGCACACAGGGCUACAACGGCAGCGCGGUCAAAUACUCGCCUUUUUUCGACAAUCGAUUAGCUGUUGCCAGCGCGGCUAAUUUUGGCCUGGUCGGAAAUGGUCGAUUGUAUAUCUUGGAGUUGACUCCCAACGGAAUCGUACCUGUCAAAUGGUUCACUACUCAAGACUCCCUCUACGAUCUGGCUUGGUCAGAAAUCCACGAGAAUCAAGUCCUCACUGCCUCCGGCGACGGCAGCAUCAAAUUAUUCGACACCUCGGCCAACGACUACCCUGUUCAAAACUGGAAGGAACAUGCCCGCGAGGUCUUCAGCGUUAACUGGAACCUGGUCGCCAAAGAUCGUUUCUGCUCCAGCAGUUGGGAUGGCACAGUCCGUGUUUGGUCGCCGCAUCGCCCACAGUCCCUCCUCACUCUCCCCACCCACAGCUGCACCUAUUCCGCCGCCUUCUGCCCUCAUAAUCCCGAACUUAUCUCCUGCGUAACCUCCGACUCAUACGUGCGUAUCUUUGAUCUACGUACACCCGCCUCCGCCUCCAACCACCUCGCCGUUCAAAUCCCUAUUCACGCAGCCCCCGCAGCCCCCGCAAUCCCCGGCCAGCCCGGCAUUCCACCUGCGCCAUGUGCGCCCGCAGAGGCGCUCACUCACGACUGGAAUAAAUACCGCUCUACUGUCCUAGCCACGGCGGGCGUUGAUCGCGCUAUUCGGACAUUUGAUAUCCGGGCCCCGCAACAAGGCCCACUCACUACUAUGCUGGGUCAUGACUAUGCCGUUCGCAAGGUAGCCUGGUCGCCACAUCUAUCAAAUGUGCUUCUGAGUGCCAGUUAUGAUAUGACUUGUCGUGUCUGGAGUGAUCAGUCAGAUCCAAGCGCAGCCGGUGAUAUGGAUAUGAUGCGUUCUGGGCCGGGUCCGAUGGUCGGUAUGGAGCUGGGGCGGAUGGGUAGACAUACCGAAUUUGUGACUGGCGUUGAUUGGUGUCUAUUCGGUAGCGAGGGUUGGUGCGCCAGUGUUGGGUGGGAUGAGAGUCUUUAUGUAUGGGAUGUACGAGGUUCAAUGACUUAG